AAAAAGAUGAUUUUUUCAGCACGAGUUGUACGUUUAUCCAACGAGGCUUGCCGAGGUGGAUAAAUACUACGAGUGCUGAAAAAAUCGAGUUUUGCAACGAGUUGCACACGCUAUUUUUUGCAAUGACGAAAAAUGGGCUUCAACAUGGUAAUUUUGGAGCGAAGCGGUAUAAACUGAUUUACUCCAUAUGAUCAUUUUUACCAAAUAAAUCAUCUUGCUGCAGAGAACAAUCAUAUUCCAUGUUAUCGUGCCACAUUGCAUAGGUCGACAAGCCUUGAAGCGAUAGAUGAACUUGCCUUUGGAAUUUCUGAUGUCAUAGCCAUCAAACUAUUUCAUUUAUUACGCGACGCAGAGAAUCCACUAUUUGAUCACUUAUCCAAGCUUGAUCAGCUAAAUGUAGUCAUGUAACUACUGUUCUGAUGUUGGUUUUUCAUUAUAGCACCCAAAUCAGUGUUAUAAUGGAUUUUAUGCAACCCAUUUGAGUUGCAUAAUGGUCAUUAAAGUACCCAUUUGGUUAGUAUGGAAAAGUAGGCCGUUUUAUCACUCAAUGACGUACUGUAAACCAGGACCAUGGGUCGGUUUGGCCCUCGUUCCAUACUACCGGCAGCUGCUCCCCAUACUGAACCUGUUCCGCGACUUCAACGUCAAUAUCGGCGACCGCAUUGACUUCCAGGGCGGCCACCGAUUGGGUGACGUUAUCAACGAGACACUGCAAGUGCUGGAACGCCACGGUGGCCCCGAUGCCUAUCUCAACAUCAAAUACAUGGUACCGACGUACGAGAGCUGUGUGCUGAACAAGUGAAAUCUGUGCUGGAUUUUAUUUAUUUUGUUUUCGCCUGGCUGGCAAUGAAAGUUUCGAUGAAAGCGCAUCGAUCACCGCACCGGCGGAAAAUUGAACGAAAUAUAUCAGAUUUCUGCCGAAAGGAACGAUAAAUCGGGUUUCUACUAACGCACAAUAAAGCAAUGAUGAAAAAAAAAUUGGCAAUAAAAAAUAAAUUUCAAAACGAAUUAAA